CCCCCACACGUAUUGCGUUGUGGGCUCACACAACGACACACACACCACCACGCCUCCUUAAGGCAGAGAGACGCAGAGGCUGAGAGUGCGGAAGAGCGAGGGAGUUAUUCACAACAAGAACGCCACUAGGAAGUUGUCUUUUCAGAGGGCCUUCCUCUCUGUCCACCAGACCGAUGUUAACCAUGCGACUGCUCAUAUGUCUGCUGCUGUUCUGGAUCACUGAAGCCAAAGUUGUGAUUGACAAUUCAGGCCAGCUAAAUUGCAAUGGAUCAAUGCAGGAUUUAUUGUACGAGGAUAGAGCAGAGGAGCUAAACUGCGGCGAGAAAAUCUAUAUCAGAAUUCGGACCUGUGAUAACUGCAUAGAGAUGGAGCCGUGGUCGAUGGCUGGCCUCGCUGUGGGGAACCUGGUGUCCACCGCCCUGAUCGGAGUGGCCGUCUAUCUGGUCGCCUCUCAUGCCCAGAUGCCGUCGCGUACCGCUGACAGUCAAAGCUCUGAUCGACAGCACCUCUUCCCAGCCAACCCGCGGCCCAGGGUCGACAACGGCAUUUAUCAGGAUCUCAACACGAGGCGGUCCAAAGACACGUAUGAUGUGCUCGCCGCUCGGAGAUGAGAGCGGACCAGGGGAACACCGUGUCCCCCGGUGAGGCUGAAGAGGAGUCGGCCUGCUGGGGGCCCGGGGCCCGGCACGCAGCCGCACGGGCCGGGCACCAAGACCCCUGAGGAGCACUUUGGGGUCCCUCUGCUCUCUGAAUGCUUUCACACUCUCAUCUGGGCAGCUUUGAUCCAGAGUCCGCCUGCACCUGUUUUUUGAAAGUCUGCCCUCUACACAGCACAAUACCCCGGCACAGCCACGAUUUCGGGAAUCCUCCUCACAAACGUAAUCUGCACUUCGCUGUGUCUCCCUGUCAGUCCAUCGGGUGUGGGUCAAAUCUACAAUACCGUUCGAAAGUUUGGAGUCACCCAGAAAAUGUCAUGUUUUCCAUGAAAACACAGCUGUGCUAACAUAAUUGCACAAGGGUUUCCUUAUCAUCAAUUAGCCUUUUAAAACGAUUAGCUAAAAAAUUAACCAAUAGAACACAGGAGUGAUGGUUGUUGGAAAUGUGCCUCUGUACACCUAUGUAGAUAUUAAAUUAUAAAUCAGCCGUUUCCAGCUAGAAUAUUGAUUUACCACAUUGUCUAGAGUGUAUUUCGGUAGUGUAUGUCGUUUAUGCUUACAUGGAUGCUCUGUCAUGGCCUUUGAUGUCAAAUGUAUGCCUUUGCCCGUAGAUUUGUGCUGCAAUGCAAACAUGACAUGAAUUUUUAAGAAUUAAAAUUCAUAACGUUGUAUUGUCAAACCCCAGUA